GCGUCUCCGCCCGCGGUGUUUGCACCGACAACCCCGGGGUUUGAGCGACAACAAAACAGCCAUGAACUCGGGCUUGGAUCUGUCACGGCGGAACCCGCAGGAGGAUUUCGAGCUGAUCCAGAGGAUCGGGAGCGGAACCUACGGCGAUGUGUAUAAGCACAACAGACCUCCAGCACAACAGACCUCCAGCACAACAGACCUCCAGCACAACAGACCUCCAGCACAACAGACCUCCAGCACAACAGACCUCCAGCACAACAGACCUCCAGUCUCGGUUCACUUACGAUCCAGGAUUAUGAUUCGGUUCACUUACAAUUUUGGGUUAUGAUUCGGUUCACUUACGAUUUAGGGUUAUGAUUCGGUUCACUUUAGAUCCAAGAUUAUGAUUCGGUUUACUUUAGAUCCAGGAUUAUGAUUCGGUUCACUUUAGAUCCAAGAUUAUGAUUCGGUUUACUUUAGAUCCAGGAUUAUGAUUCGGUUCACUUUAGAUCCAAGAUUAUGAUUCGGUUUACUUUAGAUCCAGGAUUAUGAUUCGGUUCACUUUAGAUCUAAGAUUAUGAUUCGGUUCACUUUAAAUCCAAGAUUAUGAUUCGGUUCACUUUAAAUCCAAGAUUAUGAUUCGGUUUACUUUAGAUCCGGGAUUAUGAUUCGGUUCACUUACGAUCCAAGAUUAUGAUUCGGUUCACUUACGAUCCGGGAUUAUGAUUCGGUUCACUUUAGAUCCAAAAUUAUGAUUCGGUUUACUUUAGAUCCGGGAUUAUGAUUCGGUUCACUUACGAUCCAAGAUUAUGAUUCGGUUCACUUACGAUCCAGGAUUAUGAUUCGGUUCACUUACGAUCCAGGAUUAUGAUUCGGUUCUUUUAUGAUUCAGUUAAAUCCUUUUAAGUCAUUACAAUUUGUAUUCUGGUUUUGGGGAUUUGAUUUGAUUCUGAUUCAGUUGUUUACAAUGCAAUUCUGAUUGGGGUUAAAAUUUACAUUUUAUUUACUAGUUGCGAUUCAGUUCUAUUGAAUUUCUUAACAAUGUAAUUUUGUAUGUUUAAAAAUAAAAAAUUAAGAAUGUGUUUUUGUAGAUUUUUUUUUUGUCAUCUCAUGUAUCAUCAGUCUGUGGUGCAGUUAGGAAACUUUGAGCAGAUCCCAGAACAGCCUUCAUGAGGAUCUGAUUAGUGCACGUACAUGUGGAAGACGUACCGGACACGGACACGUGGGAGACGUACCGGACACGGACACGUGGGAGACGUACCGGACACGGACACGUGGGAGACGUACCGGACACGGACACGUGGGAGACGUACCGGACACGGACACGUGGGAGACGUACCGGACACGGACACGUGGGAGACGUACCGGACACGGACACGUGGGAGACGUACCGGACACGGACACGUGGGAGACGUACCGGACACGGACACGUGGGAGACGUACCGGACACGGACACGUGGGAGACGUACCGGACACGGACACGUGGGAGACGUACCGGACACGGACACGUGGGAGACGUACCGGACACGGACACGUGGGAGACGUACCGGACACGGACACGUGGGAGACGUACCGGACACGGACACGUGGGAGACGUACCGGACACGGACACGUGGGAGACGUACCGGACACGGACACGUGGGAGACGUACCGGACACGGACACGUGGGAGACGUACCGGACACGGACACGUGGGAGACGUACCGGACACGGACACGUGGGAGACGUACCGGCACGAAAUGUCAACACGGGAGAGCUGGCAGCCAUCAAAGUCAUUAAACUGGAACCAGGUGAGGACUUUGCGGUGGUUCAGCAGGAGAUUGUGAUGAUGAAAGACUGUAAACACUCGAACAUCGUGGCGUACUUCGGCAGUUAUCUCAGGAGAGAUAAAUUAUGGAUCUGUAUGGAGUACUGCGGCGGCGGCUCACUACAGGAUAUUUACCACGUGACUGGACCUCUGCUGGAGUCACAGAUUGCGUAUGUAUCACGGGAGACCCUUCAGGGCCUGUACUACCUCCACAACAAAGGCAAGAUGCACAGAGACAUUAAGGGAGCAAAUAUCUUACUGACAGACAACGGCUAUGUGAAGCUGGCGGAUUUUGGCGUCUCGGCUCAGAUCUCAGCCACUCUGGCCAAGAGGAAGUCCUUCAUUGGAACGCCAUAUUGGAUGGCUCCGGAGGUGGCUGCAGUAGAGCGUAAAGGAGGUUAUAACCAGCUGUGUGAUAUCUGGGCUGUGGGCAUCACUGCUAUAGAGCUGGCUGAGCUGCAACCUCCCAUGUUUGACCUGCAUCCAAUGAGAGCUCUUUUCCUCAUGACCAAGAGCAACUUCCAGCCUCCUAAACUGAAAGAUAAACUUAAAUGGACGAAUAACUUUCAUCACUUUGUGAAGAUGGCCCUGAUUAAGAACCCUAAGAAGAGGCCGACGGCAGAUAAACUGCUGCAGCACCCGUUCGUAUCGCAGCCGCUGAGCCGCACCCUCGCCAUCGAGCUGCUGGACAAAUUCAGCAACCCCGACCGCACCGACAUGGAGGACAGCCACGACGGCGAGGACGAGGAAGCCGACCCCGAGUCUCCGGUGCACGUUCCUCAGCGGAUUACGUCAGCAAGCCGAAGUUCACGUGAUAAAAAGACUCUGUCAGAGAUUAACUUUGAUCAGGUCAAGUUUGAUCCUCCGCUUUGGAAAGAGACAGAGCUGCACGAGCCGGAACUGCAGUUGGAGCCAAAUAGUUUACUGGGUGAACAUAAGAGUCUGUUAAAAUCAGUAGCAGAAGAACUCAAUCAGAGGGGUCAUGUGACACAUUUAGAGGAGGAUGAGGAGGAUGGUGAUGAUGAAGCUGGACAUUCAAACUCCAGUUCAACAAUGAGGCCUAAAGUUCCUCCUCCUUUACCCCCUAAGCCCAAGGCUCUCGGCCCUCUCCAGAACGAUCCUGACGGAGAGGAUGGCGCCGGACAGGGGACCAUCAAACGUUGCCCUGUCUCCUCAAGCCCCACCCCUCCUCCUCGGCCCACCUCCUGCGUGCCCCCCAGGCCGCCGCCCCCUCGGCUGCCCCCUCAGAGACGCAGCAGCUUAGGUAAAGAGCUUCCGGAGCGCGCUCAGACAGAGACUGAAGGUGAUGAUGGGAGUUUUAGGUUCUGGGAGUGGCUACACGCUGAGGAACAGAAGGAAGACAGCAAUGGAUUGAGCGCAUCAUCGCAGAACGGAGAGAGGGAAAGACUCUCGACUCUCCCCACCGUUCCCAGUCGCAGGAGUAAAGACAUUCCCAAGCCGAUGUGUAACGGUCUGCCUCCGACGCCUAAAGUGCACAUGGGAGCGUGUUUCUCAAAAGUGUUUAACGGAUGUCCGCUGAAGAUCCACUGCGCUUCGUCCUGGGUCAACCCAGACACCAGAGAUCAGUAUUUGAUUUUCGGAGCGGAGGAAGGAAUGUACAGUCUGAAUCUGAACGAGCUUCACGAGACCUCCAUGGUGCAGAUAUUUCCCCGGAGGUGCACGUGGUUAUACGUGAUGAACAACUGGCUCUUCUCGAUAUCUGGUAAAGCGUCCCAGCUAUACUCCCAUAACCUGUGUGGUCUCUUCGAGCAUGCUCGGCAGAUGCAGAAGUUACCGGUUGCCAUAUCGACAUACAAACUGCCCGAUAAAAUCAUCCCACGGAAGUUCACAGUGUCCAGUAAGAUUCCAGACACAAAAGGGUGCCAGAAGUGUUGUGUAGUUCGCAAUCCAUACACAGGGAUGAAGUAUCUGUGUGGUGUGUUCCAGUCCAGUGUAGUUUUAUUCGAAUGGGUGGAGUCCAUGCAGCGCUUCAUGCUUAUUAAGAAUAUAGACUUCACCCUCCCGUGUCCAUUGGAGGUGUUUGAGAUGCUGGUGGUCCCGGAGCAUCAUUACCCAUUGAUCUGUGUGUCUGUUGUUAAAGGCAGUCAGCCUGAUCAGGUUGUGACCUUUGGCACCGUGGACCCCAAUGAUAUCGCACCAACCUACACAGAACCUGACACGCCACAGACGUGUGUCAUUCACGUCACACAACUGGAAAGGGACACCAUACUGGUGUGUUUGGACCGUUGUAUAAAGAUGGUGAACUUACAAGGCCGAUUAAAAUCUAGCAAGAAGCUCUCAGCCGAGCUCACCUUCAACUUCCAGAUUGAAGCAAUAGUGUGUUUGCAGGAUAGCGUACUGGCGUUCUGGAGACACGGCAUGCAGGGACGCAGCUUCAAAACCAACGAGAUCACGCAGGAGAUCUCCGACAGCUCGCGCAUCUUCAGACUGCUGGGCUCAGACAGGACGGUGGUUUUAGAGAGUCGACCAACGGAUAACCCAACAGCUCAGAGUAACCUGUACAUCCUUGCAGGCCAUGAGAACAGCUACUGAACACACACACACACACACACACACACACACACACACUAAACAGCAUUCCUCUGCUAUGCUACAUAACGCACUACACCCCCGCCACAGCUAUAAGCUACAUGUGCGCACACACAUUCCUAUAAACAAUACGCCAGCAGCCGCCCUCUUACACCGCUGUCUGCUACGACACAGCCAUAACUAAACACACUACACACACUACACACACACACACUACUGAUCGUAUCCUACCCUGACUCGCUGACUCUUUUUAAAAAAAAAUUAUUUAUUGUGGCAUGUCACAACGAGGCGUCUUGUUUUUGUUUUUUUUGUUGUUCGUUUGUUUGUAUGUUUUUUUUAAUUUUUUUUUCCUUUUUAAAAACACCCCAGAUUUUUAUUUUCCAUCGUCUCUGCCUGCAGCCUUCCCUCGUUCUCACUCCUAGCUCCCGUAGAGCCGAUACACCCUUAUAGCGCCGGUAACAUCGUGUCGUCUUGCGGCUAGCUACGUAACGACUUCGUAACACACCGAUUAACGACGGAUGACGUUUAAAGAAUAAGGCAGUUCGUGUAAAAAAAAAAAAAAGUCAGUAUUUGCAACAUCAUGUGAUUAUGUUUAAUAAUUGAAUCAUUUUUAUUUGAUUGCUUUAAAAGUUGAAGAACGAAGGCACUCAUGAUUUUAACCCAGAUGCAAAAUCAGUCUCAACAACAACGACUAAAACAAUCUUCACAAUUUAGACACGCUGCUUUUGUCGCACUUUUAUUCUUUUAUCGUUUUUAACAAUCCCCCCCAAUCAUAUAACUGUAAGCCUCCGUCGCUUUAACCGUAAAAAUCUCGAAGUAAAAAAAUCAACCUGCGACUGAUUAACGUAAAUUUAACCUGCUUUCACGUUAGUCGUACUAUUCGUUUAAGGAACGUUUCGACUCCUGGCAAUAAUUUCACGUGUAACGGGAACGAGUCGGCUAGAAAAGGAGUCGUGUCGCCGAGUCGGAAUAAGAUUCUAACGCACAAACGUGAUCGAACUUUCGCUAACUUUAGCUGAAAUCUACAGCAUCGAAGCGGCUAAUGUACAAACAAUGAAGCCAGAAAUUGUCUUUUCAAAUAUUUUGCUAGUAAGAAUUUAUUUGAACGUUGCCCGAGUGAUCGUAUUAAAUUUGAAAUCAGGUUGAAUAUUUACUCAUCUUCUAAAACUCGACCUAACUUAACUGUUCCUAACGAUCGGAAGCGUCUUAUGCUAACCGUAGCGUCACUUAAGAGCUGCAUCUAAAAAUUAGUUACAGCGACUUAGCAACCGUUUAGCUGUUAGCAAAUUUCUUCUUAAACACUCGUAAAAUGUUCCAGGGCUGACGUUAAUGUUGUUACAGUGCCUGAUGUCUCUUUUUCUUUAUUUUUUUUUUUGUACGUCAUGACGGAUCGCUUUAAAAAGUUACCUCACGAACGCCGACGCGAGCUUUUCACACCGCGCGUUAUUCUGUAGAUACAAUACGACACGUGUGUUACGAAGUCUUUCCGCAGCUAGCCUGCGCAAAACUAAGUAAAUAAAACGAAACUAUUACCAAAAAUGCUGUCUUUUCAAACUGAAAAGAGUAGAGUGUAACUUCUGGGUACGUUUUUGUCACCGUAAUUUAUUCUAGUAGUAAUAAUAAUAAUAAUAAUUAUGAACAGUAAUAUGCUUGUGAAUUUAUGCCUUGCAAUAUCAGAACACGUACUCGCGUAGAAGUUAACAGUAAAGCUAACGGGCUCGUGUACAUACUUUGGUUAUUCGGCUCGAAGGCUUAAAGGAAAAGUUUCAUCCGGAGGUGUGACGUCGGUGGGCAUUUGUGUCUUCAUCCCGUGCCUUUUGUGCUCAUUGGAGUUAGAAAAGCACACGCGGAAGGAAUGGUUGCUUCAUUUGCAAACGGUAUUCAACACUUUCUUUCUUUUAAAAUAAAUAUAUAAAGAUAUACAUUUAUAUAUAUAUAAAUGGACACGUAUUAAUUUUUAACCAAAUAUUUUGCUAUAUCGUUAAUAAAAAAACAAAGCUUAUGAUGACGAUGUAAAGGUUUCAAGACAUAAUUCAGGAAGUCUCAGAGUUGAAUCAACACUAAACGUCAGGUAUUAAGGCUUAUUUAAUUCAACACUACGGUCUCUAGGCGGUCAUUAGCCGCUUUAACGGUCGCUUUGUAUGUAAAAUCUGUACGUUCUGUUUAAUUUUUAGUUUAAAAAGUCCGGCGGUGAAGCGAGAGCACGGGUCCGAGCGGAAAAUGUAAAGAUGUUCCGUAAUUAUUAACGAUCGACAACGGUCUAUUCUUAUAGAUAGUCGUAGGUUUGUCUAUGUUUUAGCUCAGAAUUGAACACUGAGUAUAAAAUACUCUGUAAAAUGACGGUCAUUUUGUCGUGUCAGACUUAUUAUUAUUUUAUUUUAUUUUUUUUGACGCAUUUUUAAUAAAUUUGUGCGAAAGUAUUACUGUUAGGCUUCUCGCUAUAGAAAGUGUUCCUUCUUGAACGAAUCGGAACGAAAUCCCAUGCACAUUCCGGCACGUUCCAGCCCCGACGACUAGUUAGAUCUCCUAAAGGACCAAGAACGCGUUCACUCAGUUUCUUAAUCCAGGAUAUUUUAUGGCAAAAAAAAAAAAAAAAAAGUCGUCUUGCUGUUUUUUUUUAUUCACACGAGUUUAUUUAACUCGCUCCGCUCACCGUUCGGAUCCCUGCCACGUUAUUUCUACGUGUAUAAUUCUCACACAUGACGACGGAGGAGGGAUCGGUCUGAGAUCCAGCUGCCAAACGCCCUUCCCAUGGGUUUUAAACAACAGGUAUCUGACACGUCUGAUUUAAUACAUUAACGUUCAGGUGCCAGUUAUCAGGGUCGUAUAUUUUAGCUUGCAGUGAUGUUUUGUUUAUUUUAUUCGGGAGAAGCUUUCCUUUCGAGCCAGUGAGAUCGAACAUCAUGACGACAUCACGGACAAUUCGCCAUCGCACCUGUCCCUCAAAUGGCGAAUCCCAGACUUCAGAGAUUUCAGUGAAAUCUCGAACAUCACACUAUAAACACGUUUAAAGGAAAACCAAGUGCCAGACUUUCCAGAAAUCACCGCCAAAUUCUCUGCUUCGAUUUCUUUCUUUCUUUUUUUAGCUUGCUAGCGUGAUCCUUCGAUCGCCAUUGUUACGACUAGAGAUGGUGCGAGAUCUGUUUUUUUUUUUGUUGUUGUUGUUGCUGUUUCGUCCCCCCCCCCUUUUUUUUUUCAAUGAAGCACUUCACACUUGCAUUACAAAUACAAUAAUAAAGUCUAAAUUAAACUCUUAACAAAAGGAAAAAAGCGGUUCGAGUGUCUAUAUACGUAAACGUUUCUAGUUCCAAAAGUAUAUCUUAAUUCCAACAGGAUUCGAGUCGAACUCACUCAUGAAGAUUUGUCCUUCUGUGUGUGUUUAUUUUAUAUAACUAAUAAUAAUCGUAACGCUUCAUCGCCAAAUCGAUCAAAUUCCGUGUCCGUCGAUAACCCGUGGGCCGAUUGGACGGAAAAAACGGAUCCGGUGUCAUGGAGCUUCACCGAACUCUGACUGCGGUUUCAUUCACUAAAUAAAACUAAAGUGGGUUUCCUUCCUUCGUGUGCGUGUCGUCGCUCUGGACCGAAAGCCAUGCCUCACGUUUUAACCUUACUCUAAUCACUGUAUUGAAAAUUUGCACAGUUUUAUACGGGCUAUAAUUUGACGUUCGCCGUCCAGUUAGGAUUCCGCUGCUUAGGUGUUCUGAGACGUGUGUGUGUGUGGGGGAUAAACAAACACUUAUUAUAACGCUACAUACACGUUUCGACACGAGCCGAAGUCACCGUUAGUUAAUAGACCCAACGAAUGCUAGAGAUUAGCGAGAGAUUUUACCGUUUGUUUUUUUUUUAAGGUAUACAUGUGUUGGAGGUGUAAAUAUGAAAGAAACGGCGAAAUGGGACACAAACGCAUUCCCUUAAGUUCGAACUCUCGAGGACGUUUCGGUGUCUGUUGGAGACGAAAAUACAAGACCGCCUCUGAUCGGCUGGCGCAUGAUUUCAUCACAAAAUGUUUCGUCUUAACAUCUGGUGCAUGUGAAUUUUGUUUUCAUUCGGCGUGCGAGAGGCGCGUUACACAUCCAGAUACCAGAAUGUCCUUGCGAUCGUAGCUGAACGUUAGCGUCCGUCGUCGAAUAAUGUUGAUGUUUUUUGGUUUUGUUUGUUUCUUUUGUUGGAAAUGACAGUAGCAGAUGUCUGGGUGAUCAUUUAGCAAUGUUGAACAUCUUACUGGGAGGGAAAAGUGCACUUCUUCACGCUCCAGGAAUAAAUAAAAGGAUUUAGGGCUAAAAUUCUAAUGUCAGUUUGCCAUUUUAGGACAUCCAUCAAAUCUGUCCAGCAAAACAAAGUCAAUUUUUGCAUCUUUAGUUCGGCAGAAGCUACGAGUCAGAUUUAGCUAGCAAGUGAUGGAAGUUUUCGCACCUAAAAUUCUGUACAUUGAUUUAUUUUUUUUCUCUGGAUACACGAACCGUUAAACCGAGCUGCGAGACACAAACCGAGCCCUGAAAGACGGAGCCGCAAAAACGCCACGUGAACAAAAAGCGAAAACAAGCUGGAUGUGACGCGCAUGACGUCUAACGCUAGGUUAUAUAAUUAAUAGAUCUGGUAACUGCUGGCUCCGUGUUGUCCGUUUACUCAGACUGUGAUUUCUGCGACUUCGUUUUCCAUCCCAGUAUUUUCUGAUAAAUGAACAGAAGUGUUUUACGGGCCCAUAUUUAGGACAGAAUUUUCCACAGACAACAUUUGUCAAAUAAAUAAAUAAAAGGUUUGGUGUGAAACUGUACACUGCAAAAAAAAAAAACAGUAAGUGAUAUCUUGGAUAAAAGAAAAUCUACCUAAUAUUUUAAAUAUUUCUCAUCAUGAGAGAAUUCUAUAACAUUUUAUUAUUUUUAACCGAUUAGCAGCUUCUUCUGUUGAAACUAUAUUAAGCUUGAAAAUGUGUUCGAUAUUUAGAAAUAUAUAUAUAUAUAUAUUUUGCGCCAGUGUAUUAUCAUCUCCAUCACUUUCUAAGCCGCGGUCUGGCGGCUGGAAUGAUACAGAAUUUUGAUUAAAAUAAAUCAGCAAUCCGCAAACAUUCCAGGCAAAGUGCUGAGCGGUGUUCCGUGUGAGACGAGUCAGUUUCCUUUAUUCGCUUACUAGAGCCUCGUAGCUUCUGUGCAAAAACUAUAGAGCGAAAGUAUCUCUGCUGAUCGAAUACUUUUAAUCAACACACUGAUGUGAGAGAGAGACAGAGAGAGAGAGAGAGAAAGAGAGAGUGUUUAAAGUGCAGUAACCUUUUCAACCUCCCAGAUUGCAGCUUGAAACGUCACCGCGCAGGUUUCAGCACGUGUUAAUAACAAACCGAGUCCACGUUCGUUCAUCUUCACUUCACACUACGAUGCACAUGACCUGUAAAUAGUGUACGAUAAUAUUUGGUUUUACAGACUGUAUAAUCGUCUAUAUUUUGUUUCGAAAGUGAAACUGAUCUAUGAGAUUGAGGUAACACAUUAAAGGUGAAAAAAAACA